AUGGAUGGUGGGGUGGUUGUGGCUGUGGGGAAUUUUACUUUGGGGUAUAGGGAUAUGAAAGAGAAUUGGAAUAAAAGGAGAAUAGGGGAGAGAGCGAUGGGGGUGGGGGAUACAUGCGACAUAGACACUAUUGAUAGCAGCGCGUCGAUGGCACCUUGGCUAUUGAUUGUGUUAUGGAUGUGGCGUCGAGCGGCU